AUGGCUCUCGACUCGUACUUGGCCCUCGACGGCUUCACCCAGGGCACAUCCGGCCCAGGGACUCUCUCGCCGGUGUCACACCCGACACCUUCAUCAUCCAGAGGCAACAAUCCUCUUACGACCAAGCUGUCAACCGUCUUGUCUACCUCGUAUUCCGAUGCAGACUUUCGCGAAGCACUGGCUCUACUCGAUGAGCGCGGCGUUGGCAACGAUGCCAGAACGAGGCGCCGCAUUCGACUAGAUGUUCACAAGGAGGUCAUUUCUAGCAACAGCCUUAUCGUUGAUGAAUUCGGGCGAGUCGCCGACCAACUGCGUCAGAUACGGACAACACUAGGAAAACUGAAUGCCGGAUAUGACAAAAUGAAGAAUGAGGUUCUCGACGCCCACAAAGAGACCUCUCCCGCCAUGCUGGAGUCUGCAUCGCUACUCGAGCAGCGGGAGCAGGUGGAGACAAAGCAGCGAGUACUUGCCACAUUCAAGGACCACUUCUUGAUGUCGGAUGACGAGGUCGCCUCAUUGACGUCAACUGCUGAGCCAGUAGAUGACAGGUUCUUCGAUGCUCUCUCAAAGGCAAAAAGUAUAAGUCAGAACUGCGAAAUCUUGCUCGGCUUCGAACGGCAGACACUCGGCUCGGAUUUAAUGGAACAGUCUUCUAAGAACAUCAACUUCGGCUUCCAAAAGCUAUACAAAUGGGUCCAGCGGGAGUUCAAGACACUGAACUUGGAGAAUCCGCAGAUGAACACCUCCAUCAGGAGGGCACUUCGCGUUCUGGCUGGACGACCAUCUCUGUUCCAGAAUUGCCUGGAUUUCUUUGCCGAGGCCCGAGAUCGCAUCUUGUCAGAUUCGUUCCAGGUCGCGUUGACUGGCACCAACGCUUCCGGGGCGGAGGAGCCGUCUAUAAAGCCCAUUGAUUUGACAGCCCACGAUCCCCUUCGCUACGUUGGCGACAUGCUUGCUUGGGUUCAUUCUGCUACUGUUAGUGAGCGCGAAGCUCUCGAGGUUUUGUUCGUCGCCGAAGGGGAUGAACUUGCCGAAGGUCUCAGAUCUGGACGGGACGCUGAAAUCUGGCGUCUUGUGAUAGAAGAUGACGACGAGAAUCAGGACGACUUCAACGCACUCAAGGCUCUGGGAGAUCUGGUCGAUCGAAAUGUGGCCGGUGCGGCGAGGGCACUUCGACAACGCGUUGAGCAGGUCAUUCGAUCCAAUGAGGAGACCAUCACCGCCUACAAGCUGGCCAUGCUCAUCAAAUUCUACCGAAUUACGUUCCACAAGCUUCUGGGACCCAAGGCCGGCCUCGUUGACUGCGCCGCCAGCCUCGAGGAAGAAGCUCUACGACAGUAUCGCUCGCUGGUCAGGGACCACAUCGCUGCCCUGCAAGGGGAGUUCCAACACGCGCCACCCGAUCUUGGACCUCCGGCGUUCCUCUCUGAUGCGCUGAGGCAGUUGGGUACGAUCAUGAAGACAUACGAAUCCUCUUUGUCUGCCGCGGAGGAUCGCGAGAGUGAUUUCAAAGACGUCUUAGCCGAAGCUUUUGAGCCUUUCUUGGCUGGCUGUGAGAAUAUGGCGCGCCCACUCCAGGCACCGGGUGACGCAAUAUUCCUGAUAAACUGCAGGCGUGCCGCAAUCAAGUGUCUCGAGGUAUUUGACUUCACCAAGCAGCGUGCGACUCGCCUCCGACAGAGCAUAGAGCACGAGUUAGAAGACCUUGUUGGCGACCAACAUCUCUUCUUCUGCACCAGCUCGGGGCUUGGGCCUUUGCUAGGUAGCCGCGGGGAGGGACGUUUUGAGAGCGGGGCGAAGCAUCUGACCAAAGACGCACUCGCGCGGGCAAGCCAGCAACUGGACGAUUUCCUGCCAUCGGCGAUGAUGGACGCAAUGGAGAGACUGAAGCGACUUCAGGAUACGACGCUGGCUCGGCAUGCCACAGAGGAAGCCGCGAGUCGAUUCUGCCGCGAUUUCAGAGAUUUGGAGCUGGAAAUUGAAAAGAUUGACGAUCGGGAUGUGUCGCAAGGAGCGGAUGAGCUUGGGCUCAGCAAGAGAACCCGCGUGUCAGCUAUGCUGGGCCUAGCCUUCCCCAGCAUAGUCAUCUUGAGCUUGAAUGCGUAUAGCGUGCACCACGUCACGAUCCACAAGCCCAUUUACGUGCGAGUGAAGGCCAUGUUGCGCAACAAGGCCUUCACCGUCCUCCAGAAGACGUAUGACGACAGCUAUCUCAGCUGUUCGACUGCCGUCUACUAUGAAAGCCAGGGCGAUGAGAUCGAGGCGAUGCGCCACUGGAGGAGUGCGCUCGAGCAAAUCUACGAGCACCGCGCCAAGGCAGCGCCAGGCUACGGUCCGCAGACGGACACCGAGAGGGCCCUCGUCGACGCCCUUCGCGAGCUGGAGCUGCAAUGCAAGGAGAGAAUCGACCUUCUCGAGGCGCUCCGAGCGUCACGGAGCGAGGGAGCAUCCCCGUCCCCAGGUACCAGGCUCUCCAAGACGCCCCCCGAGCCAUAUCGUCCCGUCGACCGCACCAAGGGCUCCAUCGGCCAGGGCACCAUACCCGCCGUGACCUAUUCGGAACUCUCGCGCCCCUCAAUCCCCAGCAGGCCCUCGCUACCUGCCCGGACAUCGUCAGAGGUCGGCUUGAGUGCAAGCGUCGGUGCUCGCCUGGGCCCCUCGUCGUCAAACAACGAUUUGCACAGAACCAACUCGCCGAAGCUGCCUCCGCGCCCGGACAAGGCCGUCCGUUCCCCCAGCCCGGAAAAGCACACCAUGAGGACUACAUUGCGGUCUGGUAGGAUGGGUGAAAAGCCCCAAAAGACGGCACGCAUAUCACCGAAGCCUAUCGCAGAGGGCCCCAGCAAAGCUGCCACACUCGCGUGGACGGCCCUUGGCUCGAGGGAACGAGCCCUCAAACCGUCGAGUGAUGGUGCCACGGCCAGCCAGUUCCUUUCUCCACGCAAGUCCUCCGACGGCCUUCCUCGGCCCGGACCUUCCCAAAACUUCCAGUGGGAUAGCCACUCUCGACGCUUGGUCACACCGCGCGACCCCGAUCACUUUUCUAACGGAUCCCAAGCCAUUGGCACGCCUAGACAUUCUGACGAAUACUCACGUGGUCGGCCGUCGCUGCUGUCCAAGCAUAGCCUGUCAUCCGCCGACAUCAAGGAACUGGUGCAGCUGACUGAAGGCUUCUCCGGAUCCGACAUCACAGCUCUGGCAAAGGACGCAGCUAUGGGUCCGCUUCGGUCGCUUGGAGAAGCCCUUCUGCAUAUGACUAUGGACCAGAUCAGACCCAUAAUGCUGGACGACUUCAAGGCAAGCCUCGGGACGAUUCGCCCCAGCGUUGGCAAGGCUGGGUUGAAAGAUUCGCAAUGGCAUCCGCUGACCGACGGCCCCGCCAUCCGCCACCUAGGGACGCAAUCGCUUCCUCCUCCGGCACUUCCUCAACUCGUGGCGGAACAGAACACCCCCAUCCCGCCCGCCGACAAGGACUCGCAGCGUCUCAUCGUCGUGCUAUCGAAUGCAAGUCUUGAAACGUACAAGGCCUCACAUGGAAGCGCUAGUCGCACGGGUGUCCACCGCGAGGACAAGUACUCGCUCCUCAACAGCGAUGAACACAUCGGGGUGAUGCGCAAGAUGAAUAGGGACAUCAGCGACGCUCGCCCCGACAUCACCCAUCAGUGUCUGUUAACCCUCCUGGACUCGCCCAUCAACAAGGCCGGCAAGCUUCAGAUAUAUAUCCACACGGCAAAGGGUGUCCUCAUUGAGGUAUCGCCUUCGGUCCGCAUCCCGCGCACGUUCAAGCGAUUCGCCGGUCUUAUGGUACAGCUGCUCCAUCGCUUGUCCAUCCGAUCUACCAACUCCAACGAAAAGCUGCUGCGUGUGAUCCAGAACCCUAUUACUGACCACCUCCCCCCAAACUGCCGCAAGGUAACAUUGAGCUUCGAUGCGCCGCUGGUUCGUGUUCGUGAAUACGUUGAGACCGUCGGAACAAAGGAGAGCAUCUGCGUCUUUGUGGGAGCCAUGGCCAAGGGCGCCGACAAUUUCGCGGAUUCCAUGGUCGAUGAAAAGAUUUCCAUCAGCAACUAUUCCCUUUCAGCUAGUGUUGCUUGCAGCAAGUUCUGCCACGCGGCAGAGGAUGUCUGGGACAUUCUUUAG